GAUUUGUAGACCUGGGGAGGUGCAGGAGGAGGAGGAGGAGGAGGGAGAAGAAGAAGAAGAAAAAAGGAGGAGAAGGAGGAGAAGGAGGAAGUAGGAGAAAAAGAGAGGAGGGAUUUACACUGAGGAAAGUUUGACACGAAUGCACAACGCAGGCUGUGCUGGGAAUAACACGCAGGAAGAGUGCGUGCCAGUGCGGGAUAAACCAGGCUGGAGUUGAGGUGUGCCACCAGGCUGGAGUUGAGGUGUGCCACCAGGCUGGAGUUGAGGUGUGCCACCAGGCUGGACUUUGAAGUUGUUGUUUUUUUUUUUCUUCCUGGAAGAAGCAUCAAAGCUCCGGAGCUGGUCGUCUCCCUGCAACCGGGCAGCUCAUGCAUGCACCCUAACUGAUGGUUUUUAUGGAGUUUGGCACUCGGCUGGUCCCACUUGGAGGAAACUAGAUUUGCACUUUUUUUUUUUUUUUUUUCCUUCACCCAGCAGUGUGUCGCGUCACCGCGGUCAUCAAGCCGGGGCAGGGAGCGUCUCCGGCGGGGAACUACAGCACGGAGAGUCGGUAGCGGACGGCGCCUCCUGGAGCUCCUUCCUCGGGUGAUAUUAGUUGAACCCGGGACUUCUGCCUUGUCUUGCUUCAUACUGUAGACUUGGUGUUGUUAUUCAGUCUGGACGUGUCAGUCCCCCCUCACAGGGACUUUGUUUGUCUCGGAGGGGAACUUGGUGUCGUCGUGGAGGGAUUUUCUUGAGCCGUGACUUGGAGCUGUGACAGCGGGCUUUAACAGCCGGAAUAAUCAAUAAAACAAAGCCCCAGUGCUGUGCCGGGGAGUGCAUGAGGCUAACACACGACUAGCUCAAUACCGAGCCGAGCCGAGCCAGACCAUGCCAGUGAGAAAGAAAGAUGCACAGCGAGCCCUCCUGCUGCUGGAGGAGUACCGGGCCAAGCUGCACCACGCCGAGGACCGGCAGCUCCGACACUCCAUCCAGAGGGUCAUCGACAUCUUCCAGAGCAACCUCUUCCAGGCCCUCAUAGAUAUCCAGGAAUUUUACGAAGUGACCUUAUUGGACAGUCAGAGAUGGACGGAGUCUUCCAAGGCGGCAGACCCCAUGACGCCCGUCAACCUGUGGGACUUCUCCAGCCUUCAAAGCACAACGGUGACCUCGGAUACUCUGCCCAGCCUUAGCACCAGCAUCGAGGACUCACCACUCCUUAACGAAAUCCUGCACACGUUGGCGCAGGCGCAACACCCGCCCGGCUCUGACGGACAAAAGUACAGGCACCACGAUGAGGACUCGUCCCCACAGGAACAGAGCUCCCCCCAGCUGACGGAGGAGGCCGGGGGGGCGGAGCUUGUCCAGGUAGCAGAGAAGAACCUGUCCCAGAUCGAGAAUGUGCACGGAUACGUCACCCACGCUCACAUUUCACCCAUGAAGGUAGCAUCUCUGGAGUGCAUCUAUGACGGACAGCACCUCCCGGAGCUCCCCUCCCCCACGUCCUCCACCCUCUACCCCCACGGAGAAGACAGCCCCCUCCCCUCCUGCUCCUCCAACCCCUACCCCCCAAUCCAGCAGGUCGAGGCCCCCCCGCCCUCCUCUCCCAUAAUCCCUGUGAUCCCAGUCUCGCCAAUUGCAGCCGAGUCCACCACCAACAUCUCACCGACGUCACAGGCCAACCCCCCCCCUGUGGUGGUCAACACAGACAGCCUGGACACGCCUCCUUAUGUGAACGGAACGGAGGCUGACUAUGAGUACGAGGAGAUCACGUUGGAGAGGGGGAACUCGGGGCUGGGCUUCAGCAUCGCCGGCGGGACCGACAACCCCCACAUCGGUGAAGACCCCAGCAUCUUCAUCACCAAAGUCAUACCUGGAGGAGCGGCUGCACAGGACGGGCGGCUCAGGGUGAACGAUGUGAUCCUGAGAGUGAACGAGGCCGACGUCCGGGAUGUGACCCACAGCCGAGCCGUGGAGGCUCUGAAGGAGGCGGGCUCUCUGGUCCGGCUCUACGUACGCAGGAGGAAACCGGUCUCGGAGAAAGUGAUGGAGAUCAAACUGGUGAAAGGACCCAAAGGUCUUGGCUUCAGUAUAGCAGGCGGAGUGGGGAACCAGCACAUCCCGGGCGACAACAGCAUCUACGUCACCAAGGUCAUCGAAGGAGGAGCCGCACAUAAAGAUGGGAGGCUGCAGAUCGGAGACAAACUGCUGGCUGUGAACAGUGCUUGCCUGGAGGAGGUGAGCCACGAACACGCCGUCACUGCCUUGAAAAACACUCCUGACGUGGUCUACUUGAAAGUGGCUAAACCCAACAGUGUCUUCAUGAACGACAGCUUCGCCCCGCCCGACCUCACCAACUCGUACUCUCAGCACAUGGAGAACCAUAUCAGCCCCCCCAACUUCCUGGGUCAGCCCCUCCCCCCGCCGGCCUCCUCUGGACGCUACUCCCCGACCCCGAAGAGCAUGCUGGGAGAAGAUGAUGUCACACGGGAGCCCAGGAAGGUGGUGCUGCACAGAGGAGCGACGGGUCUGGGCUUCAACAUCGUGGGCGGAGAGGACGGAGAGGGGAUCUUCAUCUCCUUCAUCCUGGCAGGAGGACCAGCUGACCUCUGUGGAGAGCUGAGGAAAGGAGACAGACUGGUGUCUGUGAACGGCGUUGACCUCCGUAACGCCACUCACGAACAGGCUGCAGCCGCCCUGAAGAACGCCGGGCAGACGGUGACCAUCAUCGCCCACUACAGACCAGAGGAGUACAGCAGGUUCGAGGCGAAGAUCCACGACCUGCGGGAGCAGAUGAUGAACAGCAGCAUCAGUUCAGGUUCUGGAUCCUUACGGACGAGUCAGAAGAGGUCGCUUUACGUCAGAGCUCUGUUUGACUACGAUAAGACUCGGGACUCGGGUCUGCCGAGUCAGGGACUCAACUUCAAGUUCGGGGACAUCCUUCACGUGGUGAACGCCUCCGACGACGAGUGGUGGCAAGCCCGACAGCUGACGUCUCAGGGGGAGGUGGAGGAGGUGGGGGUGAUCCCCAGCAAGAGACGGGUGGAGAAGAAGGAGAGAGCGAGAUUAAAGACGGUGAAGUUCAACUCGAAGUCUCGAGACAGAGGGCAGUCUCUCAAUGACAAGCGUAAAAAGAACCUCUUUUCCCGAAAGUUUCCGUUCUACAAGAGCAAAGAGACGAGCGAGCUGGAGACCAGCGAUGUCGACCAACAUGUGACGUCGAACGCCAGCGAUAGUGAAAGUAGUUACCGUGGACAGGAGGAGUACGUCCUGUCGUAUGAGCCCGUCAGUCAGCAAGAAGUGAACUACACUCGCCCCGUCAUCAUCCUCGGCCCCAUGAAGGAUCGAAUCAACGACGACCUGAUCUCCGAGUUCCCGGACAAGUUUGGAUCCUGCGUCCCGCAUACGACCCGGCCGAAGCGAGACUACGAGGUGGACGGCAGAGAUUAUCACUUUGUGGUGUCCAGAGAGCAGAUGGAGAAGGACAUCCAGGACCACAAGUUCAUCGAGGCGGGGCAGUAUAACAGCCACCUGUACGGAACCAGCGUCCAGUCGGUCCGAGAGGUCGCCGAGAAGGGUAAACACUGCAUCCUGGACGUGUCGGGGAACGCCAUCAAGAGACUCCAGCUCGCUCAGCUUCACCCCAUCGCCGUCUUCAUCAAACCCAAAUCUGUGGAGAACAUCAUGGAGAUGAACAAGCGCCUGACGGAGGAGCAGGGCAGGAAAACCUUCGACAGAGCCACCAAGCUGGAGCAGGAGUUCACCGAGCAUUUCACAGGUGAGAAACAAAACUCUGUGGGGGCGCCGGUGGACUAGUGGUUAGUGCGCGUG